AUGUCAUCUGAUACUGUUGUCGAGCCCUUGGACGAACCAUACAAAAAGCUGAGAUACUCUAAGAGAACGAGCGAUCGGGUGCAUCCACGUGGUGCAGCAGGCACUACAGCCAUUGCCUUGGGGGCUACACUAGGAACGUGCAUUGUAUUCACGUUUCUUUUCAUCGGCCUGAUAGCCCUCGUCUACCGAAAACGGAAACAAUCAAGCCCUGAAGAGCGGCUGGCAAAACUCAACACCACAUCACCGGUACUAAAGCUAGAAGAGUGGUGGAGCAAGAAGGGGAGGAAGCUGGGUAGCUUUGAAGCCUUAGAUAGGCUGUUCAACUGGUAA